AUGUUCGGCUCACCGUCUUCCCUCGCUUUCGUCACGUUGGCGUCGCUCGCUUCCGCCAUCCCGCUGCUACCAGCCGAAGACAAGAGGCAAAACGGCGGUGGCCUCCAGGCUCUCCAGGGUUCCAUCACGACCUUGCAGCUCCAGCUCGCCACGGCAAACAACACGGUAGCCGACUUCAGUGCAGAUGGCAUCAUCGAUGGCAUAACAGGCCUGAUCAAGGUGAAUUCGGCUGUCGUCCAGCUUGGAGAUGAUAUCACAAAAACGACACAGGUCGCAAACGACACUACAAGGUUGAGUGCGACAGACUCAACGACUGUCGGUCUGCAGUUCCUGGGGGUCCAGCCUGAUAUCACCAGGUUGUUGACAAACCUCGACGGAAAGAAGCCCGAUUUUGAUAAGGCAGGGCUCAAGAUCUUGGAUGUGAGGAGUCUCAUCAGAGAUAGUGUCUCUAUCCAGCAGACUAACGCGAAAACCCUUGGAUCCUCGCUCAUCAACGCGCUGGACCCGUCCCUGGCGGGCAUCGCGCAGCCCAUCAACGACCAAAUCCAGGGGAACUUCACCGCAACAGUCAACGCGUUCCAGGGUCGCGGGGGCGCUAUCAAGAUCCCCACGAAGCUUGUGCCCGCGCUGUCCGAUAUCCUCGACGGUCUUGGGCGCGCGCUGGGUAUCAGUGAUGAUACCAGCUCCAGCGGUGGCGGCAAGGGCGCCAAGGGGGCCGAGGUCGACACCAACUCCAACCUGCUGAUGCCCCAGAUCAGCCAAAGCGACUUGGACAAGCUGGGCCCCGAUGAGAAUGACUGGUCGCUUGUUCCAUUCCCUGUGGCCGUGGCGCUGAGAAGGUUUGGCUUCGAUGGCUGA